GUCAUUGAUGCAUUGUUUAGAAUUUACUAUAUUAUAGGAAUGCUAUUCUAAUAAAUAUGCUCAGUCUAAAAUAUUUUCAAAACAACUGAUGUAUAUGGAGGUCCAAAUCGAUGAAUAUAUGUUACAAACAAAAACAACUCGAUGAAUUUAGUAGAUCUUUUUAGGAGGAUCCAAUGACUAUAGAUAUGACCUAUCCAAUUUUUAUAUUAUAACUAUUUUUGUUAUUUCCUGAUAAUUGAUUAUUGAUAAAUUCAAGUUUCUUCCGAAAAUAGUUAAGGGGUAGGUCUUGAGUCAUUCACACACUAAAGUAACACAGAGAAUUAAUAAGCUUCAUAAAGAAGAAAACAUAUAAGAUACAUAAUCCUGGUGUUCAAAAAAAAAGAUACAUGAUCCUAUGUGUUAUCUGAUGAAGCAUAUGUACAUUCGUGUGUGCGUGAGCAAGUUCAAACCUUUGUUCAAAAAAAAAAAAACUCAUUAUGUUUAAGUCAUUUUGGCAUACGCCAUUAUACUUUGCUUGUGAAUAUGAAACUCUCUCUUAACGAAGAUAAAACAAAACAAUACAACUGGAUCAACAUCUAUCUACUAGCCUACUAGGUAAGCUAUUUCCACUAUUGGAUCGGUUACGGAAAAUAGUUGACGCCACCAAACCAUCGUCUGACACUAGUUUUACGAGUAAAAGAGCACGUACAUUAAAUGCAUAUCUCAUAGUAUCCAAUGUUAUUCAUUACUAAAUUCGUGGCAUGUAUCAAUAAGUUGUACCACGACGUUUGUAAUAAACGACACGGAGAAUUAAACCGGCGAAAACACUAACGUCAUCCGAAAGCAGCCGGUUCUGGUCUCCACGCGUGUAGCGGCAGGUUUGCACGUGUCGUCCAAUGUGAACGAUAAAGUAAAGAUAUUAAAGGGUAGUUUAGUAAAAAAGACGAACAUGCCAAGUAAUAACGUUUCCGCUUCUGCAUUAACACUCGUCACCUUUAUAAUUCCAAGAUACAGAGAGAGAUCUUUUAUUCUGUAACCUUAAAUGAAAAUAUUCAAACAAAUUUAAUAGAGAAUCAUCAAUAUUUUGAAUUAAAGAGAAUUAGCAAGUAAAUUAAUUCAUUAGAAUACACGGGGAUAAUCACACUCUGAGAGAGGAAGCAAAUCGGUUUUUUCAACAUUCCGAUGAUGGAAGAGACGGCGGAGAUCGUCGGAAAAAGUAGUUUGCAUAAGAACGUCCACAAUCACAACCGUUACAGAUACCUCUCCAGUUACGGUGGAAGCUCCUCCGUACGGCGUUUUCUCUUCUUCGUCUCCUGCUUUGGUCUAUACGCUUUGGUGGCCUUAACGUACGCGUGGCUCGCGUUUCCACCGCAUAUAGGACGUACAUAUCAUGUCUCGUCGUCUUCGCUAGGUUGCAGAGAGGACAAUGAGGGUUCAUGGUCUGUUGGCGUUUACUAUGGCGAUUCUCCAUUCACACUUAAACCUAUUGAAACUGUUAAUGUAUGGAGGAACGAGAGUGCAGCAUGGCCUGUGGCUAACCCUGUUUUAACAUGUGCCUCUUUGACCAAUUCUGGUUUCCCAAGCAACUUUAUAGCUGACCCCUUUCUCUAUGUUCAGGGUGAUACUCUUUACCUCUUCUUUGAAAACAAAAACCCAAUUACACUGCAAGGCGACAUAGGAGUUGCGGAAAGUACUGACAAAGGAGCAACGUGGAAGCCUCUUGGUAUAGCUUUGGACGAGCCUUGGCACUUGUCUUUCCCAUUUGUCUUCAACUUCAACGGACAAAUAUACAUGAUGCCGGAGAGCAGCCAGAUAGGAGAGCUUCGUCUCUACCGUGCUAUCAACUUCCCUUUAACUUGGAAACUGGAGAAAGUCAUUUUACAAAAGCCUCUUGUCGAUACAACCAUAAUCCACCACCAAGGAAACUACUGGCUACUCGGAUCAGAUCACAGUAGCUUCGGAGCCAAGAAGAAUGGCCAGCUAGAAAUUUGGUACAGCACCACUCCUCUCGGCCCAUGGAAACAACACAAGAACAAUCCAAUCUACAACGGGAAAAGAAACGUCGGGGCAAGAAACGGAGGCAGAGGGUUCUUACACGAUGGGAAUCUCUACCGUGUUGGUCAAGAUUGCGGCGAGAAUUACGGGAAAAGGAUACGCAUGUUCAAAAUAGAGACUCUCUCCAAGGAAGAGUAUAUAGAAGUCGAAGUACCCUUCGAUUUAGAAGUCCCCCGUAAAGGUAAAAACUCUUGGAACGGGCUUAGGCAUCAUCAUUUCGAAGUGAGACAGCUAAGUUCCGGUGGAUACGUUGGUCUUGUUGACGGUGACCGUGUAACUUCAGGAGAUCUAUUUCAUAGGGUUCUACUCGGAUACACCUCUCUCGCAGGUGCUAUUACAUUGGUAGUGUUACUCGGGUUUUUGCUUGGGGUUGUGAACUGCAUUGUCCCAUCGACAUGGUGUAUGAACUACUACGCUGGGAAAAGAACCGAUGCGCUCUUCAAUCUAGAAACUGAUGGUUUCUUCUCGGGGAAGCUAAGACGGAUGUGUUCUCGGUUAAACCGAGUACCACCGUUUCUUAGAGGACUCGUGAAGCCUAGCUCGGCCUUAGGAAGAUUAUCACUUGCGUUGAUACUUCUCGUAGGAGUCGUUCUCUCAUGUCUAGGCGUCAGUUACAUAUACGGUGGAAGCGGAGCUGUUCAGCCUUACACUUUCAAAGGCCAUGCAUCUCAGUUCACGUUAGCAACUAUGACUUACGACGCACGUCUCUGGAACCUCAAAAUGUACGUUAAGCAUUACUCACGAUGUGCUUCUGUUAAAGAGAUCGUUGUCAUAUGGAACAAAGGGCAUCCUCCUGACCCCACCGAGCUAGACUCCGCCGUGCCGGUUAGGAUCCGAGUCGAGAAAAGGAACUCUCUCAACAACAGGUUCAGUAUCGACCCGUUGAUUACAACCAGAGCCGUUCUGGAGCUCGACGAUGAUAUAAUGAUGUCUUGCGAUGAGAUCGAAAAGGGGUUUAGAGUCUGGCGCGAGCAUCCGGAGAGACUGGUGGGAUUCUACCCGCGUUACGUUGACCAGAGCAUGACUUAUAACGCGGAGAAAUUCGCGAGGAGUCAUAAAGGGUACAAUAUGAUUUUAACGGGAGCGGCGUUUAUGGACGUUGGUUUCGCGUUUGGGUUGUACCAGUCGGAGAGGGCGAGGCUUGGUCGGGAGUUCGUGGACGAGCAGUUUAACUGCGAAGACGUUCUGUUGAACUUCUUGUACGCGAACGCGAGUGGUUCGGCGAAGGCGGUGGAGUAUGUGAGGCCGUCUGCUUUGGUUCUUGAUACUUCGAAGUUCUCCGGUGUGGCGAUUAGUGGGAACACGGAUCAGCAUUACAGGAAGAGAAGCGAGUGUGUGCGGAGAUUCUCGGAGUUGUACGGGAGCUUGUCUGAUCGGAGGUGGGAGUUCGGUGGGAGGAAAGAUGGGUGGGAUUUGUAGAAAGAGGGAGUUGUUACUUGUAGGGCAAGUAAGUAGUUUUUUUCUUUCAAAUAAUGGUGGAUUUUGUAGCCCUUUGUUCUAUGAUGUUAACUUUAGCCUCUCUAUUUCUCAUAUUGUCGUGUUAUUAGAUGUUUAGAAGUUGUUGUAGGGAAAUAGAGAGAGGUAUGGAAUAUUGGGAAUAUCGUGUUUAUGAGGAAUGAAGAAAGCUUCUGCGUUCACUA